GUUAAAUUUUGACAAAUGCUCUACGUGUCUGUUGGGGACUGCAUAUGAAGUCGAAUUGAGAAUAUAUGAAAAAAAAGGAAUAAUAUGAAGGAAUUGUAUUUUAAGUGCAAGGUUUAAUCCCUCCUUUGCCCUGCAUGCUUUUAAUUCUAAUCCAUCCUCAGGCUAACACGUUUUAUGGCAACAGUCUCGCCGUGUUCGCUUUUUAGUCACCCACUGCUUUUAUUCUCUGGUGAGCUCUACCUGUGCAUACUGUAAUCACAGGUAAGGCAUUUACCCAGCGUUAAUUUUCUCUCCCUGUAUGACUGGCCAUAUUGUAGUUCUUCCCACACAUUUUAGCAACAUUUUUCUGCAUAUUGUGUCUUUAAAUAUAGUUAAUAUUGGUAUUUCAGCAUGCUAGAGAAAGUAACUGGGAAGGUAAAUUCAAAACCCAUUAAUGUUUCACUGGCUUCAGAUUUCAGGUUUUCCAAAUGUCUUGGGAUGUAUUGACGGGACAUACAUAGAAACGAGGUGUCCAGCCGAGAAGAUCGCUUCAACAUAUACAAACAGGCAUGACAAGAAGUCAUACGGCGUUCAGGCAAGUUGCACUGCUGAUCGCAAGUUUGUGGAUGUGUUCCUUGGUCCCGCAGGCAAGAUGCACGACGCUGACACAUUCAAGCGCAGUUUUGCUUUAGAUAAACUGCCAGGAGUUUGUGAAGGCAAGUAUCAUCUGCUUGGUGAUGCUGCCUAUCCACUCCGAGAAUAUCUCCUGACACCAUUCAGGGACUAUGGUUCCCUGACCCCUGAAUGUGUAAAAUAUAACUUGCGCUUGAGCCAAACACGAGUACGCAUUGAAAAUGCUUUUGGCUUGCUGAAAGGACGUUUCAGGCAACUUUUGUACUUGGAAUUCUGGACAGUAAAGAAGGCCACAUUGUUCAUUCUUGCAUGCUGCGUACUCCACAACAUGUGCAUUGAAGGAGGGGACAGUGGCCUUGACUGUGAGGAUGUGGGUACCACAAAUGCCAGCAGGCCAAACCCGAUUGAAAUGCUAGCUUCUGUAGACUCAAAAACAGAAAAAGUGCUGAAGCAGCUAGGAGAGAAAAAACGGAAGCAAAUUGUACGGUACCUUCAGACCAUUCAGUGAGCCGCGACUAUUUAGUACUGAAUCUGGCUGUUCAUAUAUUCUUUCGGUUUAGCUUCAUAAUGUCUUCCAUACCUCUUUCCUGGCCGUAAGAAAAAUGAGGGUUCAUUGCAGGUUCAUAUUAUUAUUUUCUAGUGGCAAUUUUACAUUAUUGAUAUUAGCAUGUAACACGAGAAUAAUGCAGGCAAUUGAAUAUAAUAUCUUAUUAAAUUAUGGUGGCUUUUCGUAGUGGUAACAGUAGUCCUGCUUAGAUAACAGAUGAAUGAAGGAAGCUGUCAAAACAAAUAUUUAGAGCAUUUAAGGACUUUAUCAUUUUCAAAGAUAUUGUGCCGGCAGGUUUUUUGUAAGUAGUAGGCUACAACAAAUUGUCUGCUUAUAAUUAACAUGUAGAAUAACACAGAAGUGUGGGAGGCAAGAGAGAGUGUACGCUGCAUUUUAAUGCUAGCUGCACUUGCUGCUGUUGACCAAGGAUGGCUGAGAGAGGGCCACCUGUACACUGCAUUUCCAUGCAUCAGUACCAAGAGUCUCGUGGUUAUGUGCUGCACUUUCAUAUUCUCUUGUUUGCUAAACCACAAUUCGUAACAUACCCUUACCAUGCCUUGUUCUCGCAGCUUGUUUUGCACAAGUGAUCCACAAAUAAAUAUUCUUUACCUUACUUAGGUUCUCUGUCAUCUGUCUUGAGCCAGACGCAGUGAGUUGUAAUAAAAUACAUCAUGAAUACUCACACGGUGUAUCGUUCAAUGUAUUUAUUAAGUAUUAUGAACAGAAGUGAAAUGGAGGAUACAAUAUGAUUUAAUAUGUGAUGAUCACAACAACACAUUGCACAGCAUUGCUACCUUUGCCUAAGUGGUGGUAAGGAAAAUGCACAAUGACGUGCUUCGUAGGUAAGAGGUAGACUAAAUGCACACUCAUCUUCUCCUAUUCUCUGCAUCUCAUCCUCCGGGCAGUUUUAUGUUCUUUUAGCCAAGGACCAAGUACAGAUGUCGCACACUACGGACUCCAGGAAGACGCUGCUACUGUAGACUGAUUUGGUGCCCCCAGCAGGUGUUUCAACAGCUCCACCUUCUCUUUGUGUCGUUGUUCUCGCUGCUUUUCUCUAUCUUCAUGAAUUUUCCACAUCAUUUCCGGGAUGCUUAGUUUUGAUCUUUUGGGUGCAACUGUGUCAUUUUGCUUCUCUGAUCUAUACUCAACCCUUCCUGGUCGCAAAAGCUCAGGCUCAAAACUGUCGUCUAUGGAUUUAAUCUUGGCCAAUUCGUUGUCAAAGGGUAUUUCUGUGGGCUCGGCACCUGAGGUUGCAUUGUGUUUUUGCUUCAGAGCACCUCUUUUUUAUGGUCUUAAAUCUGUUCUGGCACUGCUCUGCAGUUUUGCAGUGUCCUGUUUCAUCUUCUAUAUCUAGAGCAAUUGCAGCCCACAUGGCCUUCUUGUUCUUAAAUCUUUUCAUCGGGCCCACUUGGCUCAAGUAAUCAUAAAAUUUGUCCAGAAGGACCUUUGUUUCCCCUUCACUCCAUUCACUUGUUUGAGAAAUCUUCGCGUCCUGAUCAUUUCUUUCAUCAGCAUCUGGGCUGCUAGACAAGCUGCUGCUCGCAAUUCCUGAUGGUCCUGCGACUGCACUCGGACCAUCGGCUUUCGCAUUGCUGUUCGCACUGCCGGUGAUCGACUCUACCAACGCAUGCAGCUUUGUCGGAUCUGUAAAGCGUAAAAAAUUAUUUCGUAUAAAUAUGUGGCUUCCCAUAUUUGUGCUACUAGAACUUGCUGGGAGCAGGCCGCGGAAGCGCAUCGCGCUGUGUUGCUGGCAAUACGCUCGGCUGCCCGCGCGUACGUUGCUAAAAACGAAUACUUACUCGCCAGAACAUCGUUCAUUUCAUCCACAGACAUCGCCACAUGAUGUCUCUUGCCAUUAAUUAUAAAAUCCAUUUGUGUUUGAUUGUAGCCGGGUAUGCUGGAGCACGCAGUUUGACAAGGUUCGAGCUUGCCGCGGAUGCUCAGCACCUGUAAACAACCAAAUAUGCGCGCGCGCGCGUGUUCGCGCACGUUUUGCGCGCCAGGGGCAUGGUGGCACUGCAUGCAGGCACCUG